UACUCGGAGAACAUCUCCCGGAUCCUGGACAAGCUCCUGGACGGCUACGACAACCGGCUGCGACCCGGGUUCGGCGGCAGGGGCAGCCCAGGAGCCGUGACGGAAGUCAAGACAGACAUAUACGUGACCAGCUUUGGUCCUGUGUCAGAUGUGGAAAUGGAAUAUACCAUGGAUGUUUUCUUUCGGCAAAUGUGGAUUGAUGAGAGGUUGAAAUUUGGUGGGCCCACUGAAAUUCUGAGAUUGAACAAUUUAAUGGUCAGUAAAAUAUGGACACCAGACACCUUUUUCAGAAAUGGGAAGAAGUCAAUUGCUCAUAAUAUGACAACUCCAAACAAACUUUUUAGGAUAAUGCAGAAUGGCACCAUCCUCUAUACCAUGAGACUUACCAUUAAUGCUGACUGUCCUAUGCGUCUGGUAAACUUCCCUAUGGAUGGACAUGCUUGUCCCCUGAAGUUUGGGAGCUAUGCCUAUCCUAAAAGUGAGAUUAUUUACACCUGGAAAAAAGGACCAUUAUAUUCGGUGGAAAUUCCACAAGAAUCUUCCAGUCUUCUCCAGUAUGAUCUUAUAGGGCAAACAGUCUCUAGUGAAACGAUAAAAUCCAAUACAGGUGAAUACGUAAUAAUGACUGUUUAUUUCCACUUACAAAGGAAGAUGGGCUACUUCAUGAUUCAGAUAUAUACUCCCUGCAUCAUGACAGUCAUCCUCUCUCAGGUGUCUUUCUGGAUUAAUAAGGAGUCUGUUCCAGCUAGGACAGUUUUUGGGAUCACCACUGUCCUCACAAUGACUACGUUGAGCAUCAGCGCCCGCCACUCUUUGCCCAAGGUGUCUUAUGCUACUGCCAUGGAUUGGUUCAUUGCUGUGUGCUUUGCCUUUGUCUUCUCUGCACUUAUCGAGUUUGCAGCUGUCAACUACUUUACCAAUCUCCAGACUCAGAGAGCAAUGAAGAAGGCAGCCAGGGCAGCCGCACUAGCAGCCGCGCUCUCAGCAGCUACCGCACCGGCGGAGGACGAGAUAGUCUCGCACUCCGACUCCAACUGCAACUUGAAGAAGCGAGUCAACUCUAUCACAUCUCAAACAGAUCAGUCCCUCGAAACAAGCAUGUUGUCUAAUAGUGCAUCUCAAAGUCAACAGACGUCUGUUACUACGCCGCCGCCGCCGCCACCACCAGCACUAAUUGGAGGCACGAGUAAAAUAGAUCAGUACUCCAGGAUCCUCUUUCCAGUGGCAUUUGCAGGAUUCAACCUGGUAUACUGGGUGGUUUACCUUUCAAAGGACACUAUGGAAUUUUUUGAACCUACUGCAAUGCAUCUUCGAAAUGACCAUCAAACCAACUGA